CUCUGGAUUAUGUUCUGGGGAAACUCUCGGUCUGGCCAUUCAUCUGGCAGAUCUGAAUCCUGUCAGGCAUCUCCGGGGAGUUCCGGAAACGGAAGUCCGAUCCACUGCGGCUCCACAGCAUAUUAGGAAAAAACUUUGGUACAAAAACAAUUUUCUUCCCAAACAAAUGGCACCGUCCACUCACACUGAUGGGUUGAAUCUGACCACGCAAAGGAAGCAGAAUCACGGAGAAAGCGCAAGAAUAAAGAUUCUGAACAACCUUCUGUUCAAGGCUAUCAGCGAUCUUCUGAGCACGGCUGAAGUUAGCCCUGAAAUUUACAACCUGGGAUUAGAGAUUUCUAAAGUCUCACUGGCAGGGGAUUACUCAAGCUGCCGUAUUUACUGGAGGACAAGUGGGACCCAUGAAAAGGACAGUCAGAUUCAACGAACACUGGAUCGCUGCGCUCCUCGGAUAAGGUAUCUUCUCAUUUCGCAUCAGAUCAUGGGCAGCGUUCCUCCGGUGUUGUUCCUCAAAGACAAAGUGUAUGCUGCCAUUUCCGAGGUUGAAAAUCUGCUGAAGAUAGCUGACCUUGGUGAAAAAUUCACCGAGGAGGAAAUAUUUGAACCGAGUGUAAAGGAUGGAGAAUCUGAUCGGAGAGGAAAGUUGUGUAUUUCCAAACAGACUAAUUUGUUUGGCAUUGACCAUGAAGCACUGAUGAAACAGAUACUGGAGCACAAACAGAAGCGGAGAGACCACCGAAACGACGACUGUACCGCGGUAUCCAUGCAACAGCACCUUGACUUACUGGAGGACCUAAGGAAGCAAAAAAUAAUUGAUAAGAAGAAAAGAAAAUUGAAACGUCUCAUUGACGACAACGACGACAUCACACCAGAGGACUACCUGCUGGCCAGGUAUAGGCAGGAGGAGGAGGAAAAGGAAGAUCGAGAGGAUGAGGAAUAUGGAGAUGGAACUGCACGGGUCAACAGCUUUAUGGAAAAGGAGGAGAAAAGCUCAAAACCCUGUACAUGAAAAAAUGCAGUUUUUUUGUUUAUUUUGGUGGUCUGGUUCUCCGCUGCUAUGCUUGUGUUGCUCAUGUUAUUAAGAUCAUUGUGUAUUGCAGACUGAUGAUUGAUUCUGAAUAAUUUGAGUUGCCCAGUAAAUGUAAGUCCUAGCAGAUGA